AUGGCCGAACGCGACGACGAGCUCCCUCCAAGCAAGCUCGGUACCAAGGAACACUGGGAUAUGGUGUACGAGCGCGAGAAUCGCGUGUUCGACGACGUUGGCGACGAGGGCGAGGUGUGGUUCGGCGACGACGCCGUCACCAAGAUGCGUGCCUGGGCACACGAGAACCUCCCUUCCUCUCCCACCCCUCUCCGCGUCCUCGAAUGCGGCUCAGGCAACGGCACCCUCCUCCUCUCCUUCCUAACCUGGCCCGGUCCCGACCCUCAACCAUUCCACCUCACCGGUCUUGACUACUCGUCUGGAGCCGUCCAACUUGGCGCGAGCGUUGAAUCAUCCCGCCGCGCAGCCAUCAAGGAGGAAGACGAGGACGUGCUGGACCCCGAGGACGUGAUCAACCCGACCACGUGUGAAUGGCGCGUCGCCGACCUCCUCCGUGACGAUAUUCCCGAAGAAUGGGACCUCGUCAUGGAUAAAGGUACUUUCGAUGCGCUUGCCCUCAGUCAAGAGCUCGUUGAGGAGAAGGGAGGACGGUUGCCCAGUAGAGUGUACCCCGAGCAAGUAGCCAAGCUGGUCAAGCCCGGAGGGUUCUUCCUCAUCACGAGCUGUAACUUUACCGAGGAGGAGGUGAAGCGCCGCUUUGGCGUGCCUGGACUAGGCCUUAGGUUCCACUCGAGUGUGCCGCACCCGUCUUUCUCGUUCGGCGGCAAGACCGGCCAGACAGUGUGCACUGUCGCGUUCCAGAAGGACGCUUCCUCCGACACCGCGCCCUCCAUCGGACCCCUCCACGCUUGCGUAGACUGCGGCGGGACGAAAACCGAGGUGGUCCUCGCGGACGCGGGCGGCGUGGUGGCACGCGCGCUCGGCCCGACUUCAAACCUGGCCGAGGUGGGACUGCAGCGCUCCACCGAGAUCAUCGUCGAGACUGUACUCAAGACGGUCGCCAAAGUCACUGGUAUGCCCGCUCCAGAACCCACUCCAACGUUCGGAGCGUUCCCCUCCUGUCCGAUCUCCUUUGCAUCCACCUGGCUAGGCAUCUCGGGUUGCGACACGCCUCUGGACGAGUCGCGUGUCUCUCAGGCUCUUGCGCCCUUCUUCGGCUCACCUCCGGUGGUGCACAACGACGCGCUCCUCCUCGGCGGCGCCCUUCUCACCCACAAGGUGCCCUGGGGCAUCGCGCUAAUCGCGGGCACCGGAAGUGUCGCUGUCGCCCUGGAAGUCAAGGACGGCUUGGUAACGCAAGCGGCCCGGAGGGGAGGACACGGUUACCUCCUUGGCGACGACGGGAGUGCAUGGGACGUAGGGCGGUGGGCGUGUCGCGUCGUGGUCGACGCGUUUGAUGCGGGCGAGGAGGAGGGUGAACUUGCUGCGACUAUCAGGAACCACUUUGACAUCAAGUCCACCCCCGAAGUUCUGGGUAAAGUACACGAACUGGGGCCGGGCACUCCGAUUGAAUCGACCAACGCAGCAAAGUUGAGGGUCACGUCUCUCGCUCGACCGGUACUGGAAGCGCUGGCCAAAGAGGACCCACUCGCUGAGAAGGCUGUAAGGCUCGCCAUUGCCCCUCUGGCUAUGAGCGCUGUGCAGCUCGUACAUCAGAUGUACCGGCUCCGGGGGGACAAGUUGAGUGCGACGGGUAAGGCUUCAGCCCCGAUGCUCGUUUGCGGAGGCGGAUGUCUCCGACAGCCGCAUUACCGCGCCUUGUUGUUGGAGAUUUGUUGGCGUGAAGGGGUCACGUUUAAGGAGAUUGUGGUUGUUGAGGACGUUGCGGGGGAAGCUGUCAUGGGUCUCGUAGAGAAGGCGUCGUAG